AUGGACAAGAUACUGCUGAAGCGUACGUUAAAGGAAAUACUGGAUCCGGAUCGUGUGGAGGAGGAUAUCGGGUCCGGCGGCGAGGACAGCGCGCCUAGCGACUCCGAGCAAGCGCCCAACGAUGAAGAGGAGGACGGCAGCAUGUGCGUCGAGUGCCAGGACAUGCCGGUAGAGGUGCUGUGCCGGGAUUGCGAGGAGCAAUUCUGCACGGUGUGCUUCGAGAUGCUGCACAGAAGCGGGCGGAGGCGGCGGCACGAGUUCGCACGGAAGGACGAUGGCACGGCGGCAGGCGCGGAGGCGGCCGCGGGUGCGGCCGCGGAGGAGUCCGGCGCGGACGAGGAGGCCGCGGAGGCCGCGGAGGCCGCGGGUGCGGCGGCAAAGCCCGAGGAGACGCGCGCGGAUGGCAGGCUCCUGCAGCUGUUGCAGGAGCACGCGCGCUACGUGCCCAUGCGCCUGACGCACGAAGAGCGCCACCUGUUGCGCCUGCUGGAGGCUGCCCUGCAGGUGUCCGAGUACACGGACCGCGUGGACAUCCUGUCGUACAAGUCGCGGGCGCGGCGGAUUGUGGAGCAGCUCAAGGAGAUGUGCUCGGUGCUGUGCGGGCUGGUGAUUGCGUCGGACCUCAAGGCCGGGCAGCGCCUGGUGGAGAUGAAGGAGUUCAGCGAGUACGCGGAGUGGUUCCAGGAGGUGUUUGAGAUCGGGCGGCGCUACAAGGUGAUGAACCCCGAGCGGAUGCGGGACACGUUCGGCAAGCUGUGCUACAUGGUGAUGGACUCGCGGCUGCCGCAGAUCCAGGAGCACCUGGAAUUCCAUCUGUACAAGCCGAUCCGCACGGUGCAUGCGUUCCUGGGCGACCCGCGGGAUGGCGGGAAGGCUCUGCGCAUGCUGCAGGACCCGCUGGUGCUGUACGCGACCGCGCACAUCAGCCCGGUGGGCAAGACGCGCGCGGAGAUCAACCGCCUGAUCCGCCAGAAGGAGCACGCCAUCGAGCAGCUGGCGGCCAAGUACAGCGGCGACGUGUACUCGAAGGAGGACGUGCGCCAGGCGCUGUACUCCUUUGGCGACUACAAUGCGUACGUCAACAUGAACCGCAAGCCCGUGAUGCGCAUGCUGGAGCGCCUGGAGCUGUUCCGCCAGCCCGAGGUCGCCAAGCGCUUUCCGCUGGCGAUCCGGCAGGGCCGCGACGGCGCGCGGCUGACGCACGACCACGACAAGCAGUGGCACUACGCCCAGCAGUCACUCUCGCUGUGGUCCGUGAUCCAGCGCGAGAUGAUUCGCCUGUGGUACGUCGCGGAUCAAGACCUGUUCGACGGCGCGCCCUACAAGCUGGUCUCCACGGGCCAGGGCCUGAACCGCGUCAAGGCCAGCCCGUCCGUGUACAAGGCCAUGAUGAACAUCCUGCACGAGUGCAGGACCAAGUGCAAGGGCUGGGUCGGCUCCAGCGUCGUGCAUCUGGGCGACGACGCCGUGCCCAACGCGCUCUUCUUCUUAGACAAGUACACGCAGGUGCCCAACAUCCUGAUACCGUUCGACCAGGUUCUGAUGCACAUCAAGGACCUGGUCCGCGACGACCCCGCCAUGCUGGAGUACAUCACCACGCAGUACGGCUCCGUCGAGGAGCUCCAGCUCGUCAUCCUGCAGGACGCCUUCGCCCACAUGUUCGAUGGCUCCGGCGCCGAUAAUUUCUACAUGAGCGGCUCCUGCAUCGACGGCAGACUCACCUCUGCCUGGAACCACACCAACGAAAUCGCCAAGAAGAGGUACUACAACAUAUUCUUGAUGACCGGCUUCAUCGGUUUCAACGGCGGCGAGGGCUUUUAG